AUGAAAGGCGCAAACUCUCCGGUGGAAAUCAAAAGCGUCAAACAAUGGAACGAGUCUCUGAGAAGCGCAACUGCUACUGGGAUGACGGUCGUCGUUGACUUUCACGCUGAAUGGUGUCAACCGUGCAAGAUGAUAGCACCGCGGUACAACGCACUCGCAUCCGAUUAUCCUCAGGCUGUCUUUUUACGAGUCGAUGUCGACGAGCAGAAGGCCAUCGCGGCUAAAUACCAAAUCACUGCCAUGCCCACCUUCCUUGCCAUAAAGUACGGAAAGGUAGUCGACAUGCUUCGAGGAGCAGAUCCCUACGGUCUGGCGAAACUUAUUGGGCAACAUUCCGGCCCGAAUCCCCCUGUGCCGCCGCUCCCAGAAGCGGCCGAAGCCGAGAAAAGCGCUGGCAAUGACUUGUACAGGGAGGGGAAAUACGCGGAGGCUAUCGAGAAGUACGGCGCUGCAAUCGCCAUUGCGCCGACCUCUGCUGCGCUGUACAGCAACAGGUCAAUAGCUUAUCUCAAGCUGGAGCCUCCCAACCACGAUCUCGCUCUUGCCGAUGCACAGAAGGCAACGGAGGUUGAACCGAAGUGGGGAAAGGGCUACGUAAGACUGGGGGAGGCGUUGCAGAGUCUGGAGAAGAACGAGGAGGCGGUCAAAGCUUUCGAGCAGGCCGUAGAGCUCUCUCAAGGGCUGGCACAGACGGAAGCAAAGAAGAAGUUGCAGGGAGUGAAGCAGCAGCUAGGAUGGCAUUGA